CUACAUCCGCGGUUCGGUAGUCGCAUGCGGUGGUUUUCUCGUCCGGAUAUUCCGGAAGCAACAGAGUUGCCCCCCCCCCCCCAUCCUCACCAGCAGCAGCGGUUGCAUACUGUACCCCGGAGAGUAAGUCCGAACAUCACAAGCAUCCGGGUUUCCCGAGCGAGAGAGAGAGAGAGAAAUGCUCGUGAGAAUCUCCUCCAUUCUACGCGGAAGCAUCAGUUUUCCCGACCUUCAUCCUUAAAUCUAGGCAACCCGCACCACUUUCGCAUCCAGCGAAGUGUGGACCAUCUCUCUCUCUCCCCGCCUCCACCUCUCCCCCCUUUGCAUCAUGCCAUGCCACGGCACGACGACCUCGGUUCGGGCGGUCGUGGCCAACGUUCGUGCACUUCCCGAUCUCAUUUCAGUCGCGUACGGGUGCGAGUCUGGACGUGUCUCUUCGGACCAAACGCACAGCCACAGUGGCCAGACAGUUUUCCAAGCUUCUGUAACGGAACGCACUACCGUAACACGCCACCUCCGGCCCGCCACCCGCGUCCGUGUGUUUGCUGCAUCCGGAGGGAGAAUCGGAAGAAAAGCGUACGAAAACCCGGGAUUUCCAUCGCAUCACCUUCACGCAGGCUCUACCUUUUUCUCACUAUCUCCGUUUCGUCCUUGAGCUUCGGAUCUUUGACCGUAUCCCCUGAACCACCCGAAACCCACCUCCCCCCCUGCCACCUUAACACACUCAACCCCCGGGACGGGACGGUGGAAGUGAUCGUGCAGUGAGUGGCGACCGUGAAAUAAAAUUGCGUGUGUGCUUUUCCCGCCACUUUUCCGUGAUCAGUUUUGCUAACCAACACACACACACACACAAGUCUCUGCAGCCUGUGAGUUCGCGUGUGUGUCUAUGUGCAUGUGUGUUUGUGCGGUGUGAGUGAGUUGAAGGUGAUCGAUUCCUUGUGAUCGGCAAAACGUGUCGGUGUGUGUGUGUGUGUGAGUGAGCUCAGGGUAUCCUGACGAAGGUCCUGACUAACGCGCCCCAAGAAAUUUGCUGCUCCAAAGCCGAAAGCCCAUGCAAUCAACGAUCGCGUGCAGACGCCACGCUCACGGUACAGUCGCACCCAAUCAAUCUAUUCAGCGCCAAUUGCUGAAGUUCAGCGCUGCGGACAGCUGCUGCCAUACGCAUCCCAUCAACACGAUCCCCAGCUGCGGGUGGUAAGCUUCCGACGAGCUACAGUCGACGACCACACCUCGCGCAAUGAGUUGGUCGACGGUGGUCGAGCUGAACGUCGGCGGUACGCCGUACGUCGUCAGCCACAAGACGCUGGUCAGCGAGGAAGGUUCCUUGCUGCAGGAAAUUUUCGGCGCAGACUGCCCACCGUCCAAUCUGCCCACCGACGCGCAGGGUCGCUUCUUCAUCGAUCGUGACGGUGGCCUGUUCCGGCACGUGCUCGACUACCUGCGCGAACCGGUCCGGUACACGCUACCGGUCGGUUUCCUCGACCGUGAUCGGCUCCGGCGCGAGGCCGAAUAUUUCCGCCUGGCCGGACUGCUCGAGCUGCUCGCCAAGCAGGUCCCGGGCUGCAUCACCGUCGGCUACCGGGGCAGCUUCCAGUUCGGGCGCGAUGGGUUGGCCGAUGUGAAGUUCCGCAAGAUCACGCGGCUACUGGUCCACGGUCGGGUCGCACUGUGCCGGGAGGUGUUUGGCGAUACGCUGAACGAGUCGCGUGAUCCGGACCAUGGUGCAUCGGAUCGCUACACCGCCCGAUUCUUCCUCAAGCACGUGUUCAUCGAGCAGGCGUUCGAUAUGCUGCAGGAGCAGGGCUUCCGGCUGGUUGGUAGCUGUGGCUCCGGUACGGCUGGUUCGGUGUCGGAGAACCUGAAACCGGGCGUCGACACGGAGGAAAACCGCUGGAACCAUUACAACGAGUUUGUCUUCGUGCGUGACUAAACCAUCGGCACACAACGGUCAACAUACUUUUAAUAAGACACACACACACACACAGACACCCUUACAGACAUCUACACACUCACACAUACAGAUACUCAUGUAUACACUGAGCCACCCAGAGAAAGCCGAGGUUGGAGCGGAGUUGGUAAUGAGAUAAGAUCGGUUCGCAGCAACGCUACGGAUGCCCAGCACGAGAUGAAGCACGGUGUGAGCCUACCCUGGGAAAGCCACGUGGUCGUGGGAGCAAUCGAGUGGGGGAGGAUGGGAUGGGCAAGCGGAUUAUUGCGGACGAGCCUGUAGCAUCAGCGUGGGGCCGAACGAUUUAAAUUCGACACCUCGAACUUUUGCAGCCCCUUAAAGUUCGUACCCUUGAAUUAAUUUCGAUCGCUCCGGGCGGACCUAAGGCUCACCACUGACUGGAUCGAACGAAAAAAGGUAAACAGAGAGAGAGAGAGAGAGAAAGAGAGUGCACGAGAAAGAAAGAACAGUAAGCGAAACACCUCACCAGCGUCACCAAUCAAUCAAUCCACCGGGACGGAUAGACUUUACUCCCACCAAGAAAACACAAAAUGCAAUUUUUGAUAGUAGCUCAAAAUGAACGGAUUUUUUCCUCCCAACACUCAGACAAUGCACAAAAACACUCACACACACAGGCGUAUCGCGCGUGUGAUAUGCACCGCGGUUUUAUAGUAGUGGUAGGCUAACCAACUAGUAAGCAAGUAAGUGAAAUAGUCAAUCAACUCCGACGAGUCGGCGCUCUGAGCGUGUGGCUCCGUAACCGCUAGCAACCCACCGAUGGAGAAAAAAAACGGGCGGCAAUUAGUUCAUCUGCUACCAUGGCAACCGGAAUUGUUUCCUUCUCCUCAUCCACCUUUCCCCUUCCCUUCGGCUAAAGGGUUGUGGUACACUCCCGGUCGGGAACAAUCAGGUCUCAGUCAGUUAGUCAGUCAGUCAGUCGUACUUACGGUAAUGAUGUGACUAGUGCAUCUUUAAGAUAAAUCGUUCACACUUUAACUCAUCACUUUCAGUGCAGUUUGUUUUGGGUGUGUGUGUGCGUGAGAGAGUUCUUGUAUAAGUAGCAAUAGCCUCUGGAAGAAAUGUGGGAGAAGACUUAAAUAUUCUUUUCUAGCAAUUUAUUUAAAAAAACAACUAAAUUCCAAGCAGUUUCUGUAAAAUUUAGAAGAAUGAAAUGCUGUAUUCGCUAAAAAUAUGGAUGGAACAAACAAGAUUUUCUUCGGAAACCAUUUGCAAACACAUGUUUUUCCCCAGUAAACUCAUCUCAUGAACUACCGCAGGAACAUUCAAAUAUUCUCCCACACACUCAUAGACCCGUAUGCUUUCCCCUUCCCUCCCACCUCCCUUCCGGUCAACAUUUUUUUAUUAUUAAUUAACACAAACCUCGAACUCCUCCCACCCCCUCCUCCCAACACCAACCAAUACUAGGAAAAAUACAAACAACCCUAUAACACGCCCUCGCGGUGAAAAAAGAAAAACAAGGUGGGAAAAUCGUCGGGAAACAGCAACAAACAACAAUUUGUUUGUGCUGAAACGGUGGUCAGAUGCGGGGGGGAAAAAAAGGUAAGCCGGCAGCGGGCGGACAUUGGGAUGCUAACAUACAUCAAAACACAGUGCGAAUAAGCAAAGGAAGCAAUGCACAACAACAAAACACGGCACAGAUGCGUGGGUGUGUGAGAGAGAGGGAAGGAAAAGCAAGAAGGAAAUACUCUGUGCAUCUGCAUAAAAAUGGGCCAAAAACACAAGUACAUACACAUACAACUAAACCAACACACACAAUCACAACUCGAUUGAGAGUUCGAGAGGAACACAUACACACACACAAGAGAUUUACAAGUAUUUAAGUGAAUUAAGUAAAACACACACACACACGAACAAAAGCAAACAAAAAAAACACAACUUGAAGCGGGUAGAAGCGGGUAGCGUGAAGAAGCAACUAGGCAAGAAGAAGAAUAAAAAGAGUAAAUAACAAAAAAAGCAAACACGAGCACAUAGAACCAUUAUACGGGAUCGAUAAAUUUACUAGCGAAGAAAAAAAAACAAAUAAGAAAAUACACAUACAUACACACACAAAAAUGAAAACCAAGUGAGAAACACGUGAAAGAGAGAGAGAGAGAGCGGGUAGAAGUGGGAAAAAGAAGUGAGAAAUGAAACACACGCAUACAACAAGUGGGAGCACAAGAAAUAAACUUUAAGCGAAAAAGAAAAGUGAGAUAGAACAAAAAACAAAACAAGCACUACAUAGUAAUUUGCAAACAAGAAAAAGAAAUGAAACUGAUACACAAUAGUGAAACAAAUAAAGUAACAAAAAAAGAAAAGAAAAAAAAACUGCAGAAGCAAACCAAAAAAAAAAAACAAACAAAUCAAUUGAAGUGGAAGAAAAGCUUGUACUGUACGAUUAUAUUUAAAACAAAAAACAAGAAGCCACAACAACAACAAAAACCAUCAGCACCAAACCGUGAGGUAAGAUCCCAAGCGUUACGUUUUGGCGGGAUCAACGAUCUAAGGGGUGCAAAAUUUUUAGGGAUGAGAAAAAACGGUGGGGAGGGGAACUUCAAUUUUGAUGGAAAGCAGACGAGUUAUAGUCAUGCGCUAGGGGGUGAGUUUGGGGUGGGUGGUAGGAUAAAAAUAGUAGCAAUCAUCCAGCUUGCUACAGUCCAGCAGUCUACGAAAUGCGGUGCGUCGAAUAUUAUUUAAAGCCGGUGAGGCCGGUUUUCACUCGGCCAAGACCCGGACAUCGAAUCUCGUCAGGGACUGUCUCGAGGUAGGCCGGAGUGUGGCUUUUCUUCUACGAGUACAAGUAAGUCACUGGAGUUAGUACUGACAGGCCAAGACCUCUUAAAGCUGUAGCGUUUUUGAUGCGACUCUAAUUCGAGGGAAGCUUCUUCUUCACCGACGCAUUCCCAACCUAUGAGCAUGCUUUUCAAAUGGCGGAAAAUCGUUAUAAAAGACAGUAAAGGAGGGGGGGUGAAAACCACCCCAUGCCCAACCGCUAUGGGGUUAAAGAAUUCAUAAACACAUGCGAUGGAGACUUCACCGUUUGAUCUUUUGGAGGGUAGUUUUUCGUGUGAAAAAAAACCCCUCCCUCAAGCUCGUUUGAUCUGCACCGAUGUGCAGGAUUUGUUUUUUUUUCUCUACCUCUUUCGUUUGCUUUCUUACGGAAAUAACGGAUGAUAACUGUAGCUAUGAUUUUUUGCGCUUUGCCACCCCCAAACCCGAACUCUACGGCCGGAAUGGAACGCAGAACAACCGGGCGACCGAGUGUGACCUGUGCUUGAGAAUGAGCAAAGGUUAAGUACAGGUGCAAAUGAAAAUCUGAAGAAAAGAAAAAACAUUAAAAACCCCACCCGUUGCACAGGGGUUUGUGCACCCCCACUCCGACGGUUGGUUGCGAUGGUAGAAUUUAUCAAGGGAAGUUGAAAACUAAUCUCUCUUUAAUUAAUAAUGCGUACGUGCGCGCCGGACGAUGAUGAUGAUGAUAAUACUUCAUAAUAUUACAACUACUACUACUACCACUAACAAACUACUAUUCAUCGUAAUGGUAAAAGAACUAUAAAAAACUACUAAAACAAUAAAAAAAUGUACCGGAUGUAUGUGCCCGGAAAAAGGAGGUCGUAGCAAAAAAAUAAGAAGAAGAAGAAAAAGAAGAAGUAGAAGAAGAAGACGAAAUAUGAAAAUUUAAAACAAGUAAACGAAUAAAUAAUGCAAAACAAACGAGCAAGUGAAAGAGGAAAGUUGCAAAUGAUGAAAUAUUAUUGAAGUAAGAAAUCCCAGAUGAACAAAAAAACACACACACGCAGAACUUAGUAGUGAGAAAAGCAAAAUGCAUAAAUAAUAAUAUUAAUAAUAAUAAUAAUAAUAAUAUUAAUAAUAAUGGUAUGAAUAAUAAAUAAUGGAAGUAAUUAUAAUGAAUGAAAACAAAAACCCAAAACAAGAGACAGAAAAAAAUAAAACAACACGAACACACAUACACAGAAAUGAUCAUUGACAAACACAUAUAUCUUCAACCAAAGUUAAGUUAAGAGAGAACCCAAAACCCUAGAAAUGAGCAUAAAAUCACAUGACAACAACAACAGCAGCAACAAACAACACGGGGGGAAAAGGAAAAGAGCGAAUGUAGCAGUCAAAUAAAGGAAGCACGGAAUGGUAAAGAAAAACAUUACAAUUGGAAAAAUACGGGCAAAUAGUGUGCAGGGUGUUUGCGUAGAUGUCGUCCAGGUGUGUUGGCCUCCCCAAGAGAAAAAAUGGAGCUACAUACCCACUUGGUUGACUUGGCUGAUUUGUCGGAUUGAUACGGGAGUAAGGUAAGCUAGGAAGGGGACAUAACUCUUCUAGUGCGAACGAAAAACAAAAUGAAUGGCAGAGUCAUAAUAAAAAAAAACGUCUAAGGAACAAA